GGUGCUCGUCCCAGGGGAUCGCUUCGGAGACCCUCUGCCGUGCGCAGCCUCUGUUCCUCCUUCGACAGCGGCAGCCGCUGCGCCGCGCCGACCUCCCACACACCGGUGUGUCCGUCCCCCGCUGCCCUUGUCCCGGUCAGCCCUUGGUGAGCUGGCGCGGACCCCCUGGCACGCCCACCCACGGAGGCGGGCUGAGCCCGGGGAUCCCUGCGGAGGAGAGGGUGCUACUAGCAGGGGCAGCCGUGCGGUGAAGGACGCGUAGGAAUGUCAUUGCCAGCUCCUGGGCUCUUCGGUGGGAAGCGGAGAGCGGGGCUGGGAAUUGGUUUCCAUUAGGGCAGCAGAAAAGCUCAUUUGGCCGCUGUGGCUGCUGGGCACUGAGGGGCUGUUAACCCCCUGCUCCCCAGGGCAGCUCAACCAGCGAUGGAGAUGGGGACUGCUGUGUCCACCUGUGCCCUUGCUGGAGGUGGCCGCGGGGCUGUGGAUGGGGCACAGGGCAGGUGCCCAAUGGAGGCGGUGCCUGAGCAGCGCUGGAGGCUCUGGAUGCCACAUUGUGCCCCUCCUCUGUCCAGGCCAUCCCUGCUGAUGCAUGAGGCCUGAAGAGACACAACCGCUCUCUCCCUCCUCCCUGCCAGGGCGCUGACAUGCCAUGGGGACACCGUGUGGUGCCCCUGAGGUGCAGAUGUGCUCCAAUCCUGAGCUGCUGCGGUGCUGUGUCCUGACCUGCAAUUCUGGUACCAGCUGCUUCGGCCACCAUGCAGCUCCUAGGGCGCAAGCUGACACCUGAGCUUGAGGUGCAACCUCGGCAAAUGCCAAUGCAGCACAUUGAUCUGGGGUCCUGCAGCAGAUCCCCAAUGGGAUGGUAGUGGAGGAGGGGGAGAAGGAGGAAAGCCACUUGGCUGCCUUGGUGUGUGCUGGGGGAUCAUGAGGAUUGGGGGCUACCACCAUGCUGCAUUCGCCUUGAGCGCAGCUCCUGCAGAACAAGCCAGCUGCAUGGUGCUGGGUCAAAGCCAGGACCGCAUCUGGGGACGUAGGGAAACAGGCAGAGCCUGUCUGUGUCUGUCCCUUUGCAGGGCUGAGCGCGCGACAGCGGUGCUGCUGGCGGACCCCUGCUUCCAGCUGCGUUCCAUCCAGUACCUCCUGGGCCACGCCGAACCUGCAGCCAUGGCAGCAGCUGCUGCGGCCACAGAGAAACGCCACUUCUCCCUGAGCACAUACACGGAGUACAUCAGUGCCGAGGAGCUGUCCAAGGUGGACAAGAUGCUGAGCCAUCUGAGCGAGGAGUCCAAGCAGGCUGCUGCCACCACGCUGCCCACCAGCGAGGAGGACCUAUGUCCCAUCUGCUACGCACACCCAAUCUCUGCCAUCUUCCGGCCCUGCUCCCACAAGUCCUGCAAAGCCUGCAUCAACCAGCACCUGAUGAACAACAAGGACUGCUUCUUCUGCAAGGCCACCAUCACAGGGGUGGAUGAUUUCACCAAGCCAGCCAGCUCCUAGCGCCUGGCCCUGCACGUGGGUUUGUCCCUAACACAGGACGGGGGCUGCAGGGAGGGAGGGGCCAUUCUCAGGGAGGGGAGCGCGAGGCUUCAUUCCCACAGCAGCCCCUCGUUCAGUGAGCGCUGCCUGGGGCUGGGCUGUGUUUGGGCUCUGUGACUUCGCCCCUGGCUGGGGGCUGACUUCAUGAAAUGCAGCAUUAAAUUAUUCUUCCUUACACAGUA